AUGGCCCAAAUAGUCCUUGAUCUCUUCUACUCCUUGGGGAACUGCCUCAACUGCUUCCCAGGCUCCCCGACGCUCAAGAUCAACAACCGCAGCUUCAAGAUUCAACGGCUGCUCGGCGAGGGCGGCUUCUCGUACGUCUACCUCGUCGAAGAUACAACCUCGCACCAGAUCUUUGCCCUUAAGAAGAUCCGCUGCCCUUUCGGUGCCGAGUCAGUCCAGCAGGCGAUGCGAGAGGUCGACGCCUAUCGGCUCUUCGCCCACGUCCCCACCAUCAUAUCCGCUGUCGACCAUUCUGUCGCCACUGAGCGCGGCGCUGACGAGGCGACGAAGACGGUGUACGUCCUGCUGCCGUAUUACCGCCGCGGCAACCUGCAGGACAUGAUCAACGCCAAUCUCGUCAACCGGAGCAGCUUUCCCGAGAGGUACCUCAUGGUGCUCUUCCUCGGCGUCUGCAAGGCCCUACGCGCCAUGCACGAGUACCGACCUGUGCCGGCGGAGAGGAUGGAAAUGGGCAAUGAGGAUGACCACAGCGCCGAUGGCAGGAGUGGCCCCAACAGAGGCACGGCGGGGGCCACGCGCGGGACGCGCAACGAGGAGGAUGAGGAUCGAGAGCAAGAACGCGGCCUUAUGGAGGGUGAAAUGAGCUCCGAUGGCGGCGGCAAGGUCCGCGCGUAUUCGCACCGGGACAUAAAACCCGGCAACAUCAUGAUCGACGAUUCGGGCUCCGGGCCCAUCCUCAUGGACCUCGGCUCCGUCGUCCCCUCCCCGACCCCCGUCACUUCGCAGUCUCUUGCCUUGCAGAUCCAAGACACGGCAGCCGAACACUCCACCAUGCCAUACCGCGCACCCGAGCUCUUUGAUGUCCGCACCGGCACCGUCAUCGACACCAAGGUCGACAUCUGGUCUCUCGGCUGCACCCUCUACGCCUGCCUCGUCGGCAAGUCUCCCUUCGAGAUGCGGUCGGACGAAACGGGUGGCACCCUCAGCCUCUGCGUCCUCGGUGGCGACUGGCGCUUCCCCGAUGAGUCCCCCGGCGGCGCAAAGCGCGUCAACAGCAUUGGCCAGGCCAAAGCGAGGGCCGCCGCCUCCGCGGACGGCCACGGCGGUGACCACUCCGGCGGCGCCGGCGCCGGCAGCACCGUCAUCAGCGAACCCAUCCGCGAGAUCGUCCGCAGCUGCCUCAAGGUUGAACCCGCCGAGAGGCCCGAUAUCGACGAACUUAUCACGAUGGUUGAGCACGCUAUCGAGGAGCUGCCCGAAGGCGAUGGCAACAGGUCAUGA